GGGGCAGAGGUCAUCAUAACAACCGUUGAAUAGUGCGGUGAUAAUAGCAAUUACCUUGUUAAAUGUGUGUGUGUGUGGCUGUUAAGACACUGUAAUUAGCUUAUCAUGGACUACACUAAUACCCAUCCUGGGGGUCAAUGGCUGGACGGAUUUUAAUUUUUAUACCUGAUUUACCUGACGGCCACUAACCCCUGAGGGACCUCGAGGAGAACAGGAAGCCGGCGGCUUGUCGAAGCGUUUUUACCUUGAUGGUCUUUUUCCAGGAGUAGCACUGCUGUGCAUACACGAGGUGUUAAGGAGAGAUCAAGAAAAUUAAAAUGUCUCCCAGAAACUUAUUACUUCUCUCCAACUCCACUGUCCACGGCAGCGGGUACUUGGAGUGGGCCGCACAGCAUAUCGAGGAAUUUUUAACCAGCCACAAUGUGAAGCGGGUGUUGUUUGUGCCAUAUGCCUUACGCAAGAUGGACAAUUAUGCUGAGACGGCUCAUAAAAAAUUUACAUCUUGGGGAUUUGAAUUAGAUAGUGUGCACAAGGCUGAAGAUCCAGUUGCUGCAGUCAAUAAGGCUGAAGCCAUAUUUAUUGGUGGAGGUAAUACCUUCCAGCUUCUCGCCUCACUCUAUGACAACAAGCUGGUGGAACCUAUCCGCAAGAGAGUAUUGCAGGAUGGAAUUCCUUAUAUUGGGAGUAGUGCUGGCACCAAUGUGGCAACAGUAAGCAUCAACACUACCAAUGACAUGCCCAUCAUCUACCCUCCAAGCUUCAGUGCUCUGGCUCUAGUGCCAUUCAACAUCAACCCUCACUACAUUGAUGCAGAUCCAUCAAGCAAACAUAAAGGGGAGACUCGAGAAGAAAGAAUCAACCAGUACCAUGAGGUACCAGACACACCACCAGUACUUGGCUUGCGUGAAGGAUCGCUACUGCACGUGACGGAACAGGCAGCUCUUCUCAAGGGUUUGCACCCAGCUCGACUUUUUAGACCUGGGAAGCUGCCCGAAGAAUUUCCACUUGGUACAGACUUCUCGUUCCUGUUGAAUUAACAUCAGAAAAAAAUUGUUACAAGGUGAUGUCUAAAGUAAAUGUUUCUGAUCAGUGUAAUUUUUUUAUAAUAAGUGCAGUAUACAGGUAAUUGUUUUUUAACAGUAAAUAACUACAGUAUGCAGGGGAAAACAAGGUGGGUUCUUUAGUGGGAGGUGUGGAUCAGAUACUUGCACACAGAUAAUUGUAGGCAGUUCUAGAUUUGCACACAAGUUUCGUCCAUGUAAAACCGUGGAACUCAGACUUUCAGGUAUAUGGAACAAUUAUGGGAAAAAUAGGCCUAUGUUCCAGAAACAUGUAAAAGUAAAAUUUUCAUUCUAUUCAAUAAAAUACCUUAUUUAAACAUUAAUAUGCAAUGACCUCUGCUUUCCUGCAACAAAUACAACAUAAUGACAGUCGAGAAAGCUUGGGAUGUAAAAAUAUGCAAGAAUAUAAUCCAAAAAUUUGUGAAACAAAAGAAUGUGGAGUAUGCUGACAAACUACCAAGAAUGUGAUAUACAUGCAAAUUAGCAUAGCUAAUGCAAGCCCAAUCUAAGUACUAUUGAAACUCCCCCAGCACUUCAAAAUUUGGUUUAAAAGUCCUUAUCCAUAUACCAUUGAAUUCACACACUCGAAAACCUUGCAAAUCAAUGACUACCUGUACUGUAGUAGGAAAAGCAUACACAUGUACAGUAUAAGGCAUACUCUGUAUGGUAUUUUUGGACUUUGAGAAAACAUGUGACAAAGUUAAUAGGAAGUACAUGAUUGAAUUUUGGAAUUACACAGGUUGAGACUGGAUUAUUGCAUAAUAUCAUGUAUCAUUCACACUAAUCUUCUGGUCUCACAUUCUAGGCAGUGGGUCGGGCCACAACACCCCAGCUUCACUGUGUUUUAAGAGGUUCUUUUGAUUAUAUUUAUGCAUCAUUGCAUAUUCUAAACAUAGUGGGCAUCAUUAUGUGGCAAACCUGUGGUUUAAAAUUAGAGGAAACAUUUAAUAUUUGUUUUAAAAGAUAUGUUGUUGAGUACAGUGGAAGCAUUGGACUUCUGGAGGUCUCCAAUAUGUAUCCCUAAUUUGUUCCUAUACUAUAAAGUUUCAUUUGUGUGUGUUCAUAUUUGUAUGCUUUUUGCAAGAAUGUAUUCACAUAAACCGAGGAUCAUCUGGAGAACAUGUGAGCGUGUCAGUGGUGUAAUGCGAGUGAUUAGAUAUUAUUGUAGGAGUGAGCCGGGGUUGUGUUGUUCCCAUAGUUGUAUUUAUGGAUGAGGGUCAUGAUGGAGGUCAGGGAGGGGGGUGAACAUUAGAAAAGGGUGUUAAGUUACCUGCUUGAUAGGGUUCUGGGAGUUCUGCUACUACUCAAGCCUGGCCCGAGGCCAGGCUUGACUUGUGAUAACUUGGUCCAACAGGUUGUAUCUUGGAGUGGCCUGCAGGCCCACGUAUCCACCACAGCUCAAGUUAGUGGAUGAUAAGGAGUAAAUGGAGCUUUUCAAAUGUGAUUUAUGCAGAUAAUGCAGUUGUUUUAGGACACAAUGAUUAUAUUGCCAGGCAGUUACAGUACCUUGCGUUGGUUUUGAAAAUCCCCAUGGCCCAAUCUUUGACUAGGCCUCUGGGUUGGUGGUUUGGCCAGUCAGGUUGUUAGACGCAGCUGCUCGCAGACUAAAAUGUGAAUCACAGCCUGGUUGAUGAGGUAUCCUUUGGAGGUGUUUAUCAAGUUCUAUUUUGAAUACACGUGGAGGUUGUUUUGUUAUGCCCAUGUUUAGAGGAAGUGUGCCAAAAAUUCUUGGGUCCUUGAUGUUGAUAGAGUUCUAUCUUAGUGUCCGUAUAAAAUAUCUGCAUUUAAAUGGGGCUAUUUUGUAUGAGUAUAUGUAGAUUAGUUAAAAACUUGUUGAUGUAUGUGAAGAAAGACUGCUAAAAGUUAAAGUAGAUAAAAGUGAUAGAGAAGAAAACUAUCUGAAAGUAAUCGAUGAAAUCCUGGCAUUGGUUGAUUUGUUCAAGGCUCUGUAAUUGGAAAAAAAAGGGAUUUUGUGCACAAGACAUUGAUACAUAGUUAAUGAAGGAAAGUGGGGUGAAAUAAAGGCCCUGGUUAGGGAGAAUAAGAUCAGGAGAGAGAUUAAUGUAGGAGUAGUAUAGAUGCAAGACACUGGUGUGGCGUGAGCAUGAAGUAUAAGACUUAGGAGAUGUAGAAGUUGAUAGUUUGAGAUGAUUUGUGGUGUUAGGAGGAUUGAAUAAUUAAUGAAUGUCAUGGAAAGAUAGUUUGAUCAAAUAUCAGUAAAUCAUAAGUCAAAGGAGAGUUUAUGGAGAUGGUUUAAUCUUAUUAAGCAAAAGGAUGAUGAUAGUCAUUAAGAGUGUACAGGUAUUUGAAGGUAGGAGAGGUCCAAGGAGGACAGACAUGGUGUGUGAGGAAGAAGGAAAUGUAAGCCACAGACAAGAAAUAAUAGGAAACAAGUUUAGAUGAGAUCAGUUUUAUUUAAAUAUUUAAACAACAAAUUUAAUAAACUUAUAGUGCACUUUACACUAGGUUGUAGGAAGUGAAAUACUACUUUGAGGCUAAAUUACUGUAGUGUCAUUGUUGGUAUUAAGUGAUUCUGCUUCAGUAUGUGAAGUGUGGAACAUGUGCCAAGUGGAUGGGGUAUCCUUUCUUGGUACAGUAUUUUUCUUUUUGCUCCAUUUCUUGAAGCUUGGUGCCUUCUUUAUAUUUUGAAGUGUUUAUGCCUAGCAAAUUAACUUUUAAUACUACUUUAAUUGGUGUUUUGCCUUAGACAGAUACAGUAUACUUAUUCAUGCAGCAUACUUUACUCAGCUAGCAAUCCAGGCAGCAUAACCAACCAGUAGAUGGAUGGAGCUAAAAAUAUAAUUUCCUCACUUUAUACUGCUAUUUUUUUUUAAGAUAUUUAGUAGCUAGUUCAUCAUAUGUAUGUGUACACGUACUGUACAACCAAUAUUGAGUCUGGUUAUAUCAAAGUAUUUACGGUUAACUUUUAUUAUUGUUGGUGAUAUUAAUAAUAGUUGUUAUAGAAUUGCUGUGUCAAUUGUGUUAGGAAGAUUCCUUCAACAUUGCACUCUUUAUAAAUUAAAAUGUACAAAUAUUUUGACUUGUAUGGUAUAGUAAACUAAUUUUGUUGAAGUAAUAAACCAUGUCAGAAGAGAA